AUGUGUCUUGCAUUGUGUGUUGUUGGUUGGUUGCAGCUCCCGCACAAUGUUCAGGCGAAAAACAAAAUGGAGUCUGCUAAGAAUAUUGUGAACAAGAAUCAAGUUGUUGAAUUCGAGGCUGAAGACGUUCAAUCCGCGCUACAACCAACUAAGCAGAGUCUCCUAGGCAGGUUGUUCAUGGACAAUACGCCUGGCCUCUUGGUGAUCCAUAAGAUUGUGACUCGAGCAUGGGAAUGUAUAGUUAAGGUGUUAGAGGUGGAAGAAGGCCUUCUCCAAUUCUUCUUCACAGAUGAGUCGGAUCGCGACUAG